ACCGGCUAUCUCGACUCCAAAACCCUUCCCGCGAGGGUCGCCUGGCCUGAUCAUAUUUGAGCGCACGCCGUUGGAGCGCAUAAAGGAUGACAUCGAGAAGCGACUACGCGUUCUGGACGACACUGUACGCCUCCGAGAUAUCGUGGCAACUCUGCCUCCUAUCCAGGAACGGCGCUUCACUCCGACUCUGAUGGUCAUACAUUGGAUCAGUCAGACAGAUACCAACAUUACGGAUGACUUCACCAAGGAGGUAGGCUUCAACACCGAUUGAUCGUGUCUGUGCUGCGUGGCUGACAUUGGAUUAGAUGAAGAAGCAUGUAGACAAGGGCGUCUUCAAGAGCGUGCAUGUCCUCAGUGCUCCGGACGUAUCCGGCGGGCUCGACCCCAAGUUUACCGAGUUUCUGAAGACCAUGACGCUAGACCUAGAUGAUCAUUUGAAGGAGACCAUGAGUUGGAAGGCAUUGGCCAGAUGCUUUACGACUCCGUUCACGACAGCUGUGUCUGACUGGCUAGACAGCUGCUGGGCCAAUGAGAACUUUGAUUGGACACGCUAUGAGCACGUAAUGACCGCCAUUCGAGAUCUCCAAAACGAUGUCGUCCAGUCAAUGCUGGCGCUGCUUGAUGGUCCUCAACCUGUUGAAGUCCAGCGUGUUGCUGAUCCGGAGUCGUAUCCUCAUUUCGGCCAAGGACAUAUGAUGGGCCCGUUCAUAGAUGCCCUGGCAAAAAUGCCAAUUCAGACUGCGGAGCGCCUGCUCGCCGCAAACACGACUUCUCAAUACGCCGUCGAGAAGACCCGCCUCGAGCGGGCUCUUGGUGAUCUGGAUUUGGCCGUCCAAUCGUACAGUGGUAGACUCCGCGAGCAAUUGCUCGCUGCUGCUGUUGCUGAACGAUCUUCAUCGAAGCGGUCCGCAGAGGACGAUGAAAGCGUCCUCCAGAGUCUCCCUAGCUCGCAUUCUCAGAAGCGUCUACGAUCUGACAGCGGCUCCAGCGGCGAGGGAUUUGUGCCUCUCACCAAUGGUGUCUCCGUCUCGCCGUCACCAAGUAUAGCACCGUCCUUGUCUACUGAGGGCGAGAAGUCGUACGUCAGCGUGGCGAUGCUGCGCUCCUUGACACGCGAUGUGCUCGAAACAUACGGCAAGCACUGAAAUUAGGGCUGCACAAAUGAUAUCACGGCUAAAUCGUAGUUGGGUUGUAUUGUUAUCCUCAUUGCUAUGAUAUUUGCUGGAUUGCUAUGUAUCUGAGCCUACGGACACUAUCUCGCAUACACAUCACUC